AAACGGACGCGCGGGCGUUCUAGAACGCCCGCGGGCACGUCAAACGACCCCCUUCGAACGCCCGUUUCUCCUCCGCCUCCUCACUUUCCCUGCCUCCAUGGCAACCCCGGCCCCGCCCCGCCGGGUAUAAAUAUUUACCAGUUUCCCAUCUCCCCCGCCCCUUUCCCUGCCUUCACGCGAGGCUCCCGCGUCUCAGGGCCUCGUGCUGCUGCGGCGACGCCUCGCACGGCCGGCGCGUUGAGCUUGCCCGGCGGGCGGAUGGACCAGUGGGCAGAACGGCGGCUGGGCGAGAUGUGGCCGAGGCGGAGCAGCUUGGGGAAGGGGCAGGAAGCGAGUUCCCGCGGGGUCGCCGAAUCUCUGCCUCAGAAAGUAAGGGAAGACGCCAGGGACUAGCGCCUUGAAUUCCUUUUAAGUUCUCUUUCUUAACAGCUUGUCGAACAGCGUCUUCGAGCCCUCCUCCUCCCCCCUCCGCCUUUUUUUGCGUGUUCUGCCCCUCCAUGCUUGCUGGAGAUGGAAACCAAAGCUGACCCCCAAUUUUAUAUAGGGGCUGGUUUGCUGCAGAGAACGAAGAGGGCUCUCUGCACACGCUCGAAGGUCCCUUUCUAAAAAUUAUUUCCGCACAAGUUAAGGCUGUGCUUCCUGCUAGCUCCCACAAAGAGCUCUUGUUGCAGGGUCAGGCCAUAAGGGUCAUCUCAAUUUGCAGGUUUUUAGGGACAGGCGUAGCUGCCCUGUGUCAUUAGCUCAGGUCAUUUGCACACAUACCUCAGUAUUGUCUACACUGACUGGCAGCAUGCUCCAGGGUUUCAGGCAGGGGACAUUCCUAGCUUUACCUGCUCUACCACUGAACUAUGGCCCUUUCUUCCAGUUUGAAGUUGUUGGCAUUAUAUAUCAGAUGUCUGGUUUUGGACACUGACCUGGAAGGGCAUUUGUCCUGGAAGGCAGAAUAUAACCCAUAUGUGUGUGUAAAAUAAAGGUAAAGGACUUUUAGCACCCAGCCCAGCAUCACUCCCUCCCCCCCCCCCCAAUGCAUCCACUCAGUUAUGUGACCCCUGAGCUAAGGAGAUAAGUAACUACAACCUUUAGAAGACAUCUGAAGGCAGCCCUGUAUAGGGAAGUUCUUUAAUGUUUUAUUAGGUUUUUAUAUGUGUUGAAAGCAGCCCAGAGUGUCUGGGGCAAUGGGUGGGGUAUAAAUAAUAAAAGUAUUAUUAUUUAUAAUAGGACAUCUCUAUUUUCAUCGGGGAAAUGUUGGAGGAUAUGCAACCAGAAACCCAUGGAAGUCAGUAAUUCUGCUGUUUGCUUCCCAGCUACUGCUUGUUAUCUCUGAAGACUUGACUUGGCUAUGCUGAUCAGUAGCUACUGACUAACCCAGGGUUAGGCAACCUAAGGGCUGUGGGCUGGAUCCGGCCCAAAUGCCUUCUCAAUCCAGCCCACAGACGGUCCGGGAAUCAUGAGUAGAAUGUGUCCUUUUAUUUAAAAUGCACCUCUUGGUUAUUUGUGGGGCAUAGGAAUUCGUUCAUUUCCCCCCAAAAAAUAUAGUCUGGCCCCCCACAUGGUCUGAGGGACAGUUGACCGGCCCACGGCUGAAAAAGGUUGCUUACUCCUGGACUAACCUAUCAUUUAUUGCAUUUAUAUCAUACCUUUUCCCCCAAAGAGCUCAAGGUGAUGUUUAGGGAAGCUUUUAAUGUUUAAUAGGUUAUUGUAUUUUAGUGUUCUGUUGGAAGCCGCCCAGAGUGGCUGGGGUAUAAAUAAUAAAUUAUUAUUAUUAUUAUUAUUAUUAUUAUUAUUAUUAUUAUUAUAUUACAUGGUUUUCCUAUUUUAUCCUCACGAAACCUCAGUAAGCUAGGAUAUAGACCAAGAGACAGUGGCUGCUCCAAGGGCCCACAAUGAGCUCCAUGGCUGUGUCCUGAUUUGAACCCCGGUCACCACCAGCACUUUGACUGCUGCGUCAUACUGGCUCCAUGAAACUCCCACCCCUUAUUCUCCUAGCCUAGCCUUUAUAAUGCCUGUUUUGUCUGUUCUUCCACCCCACCCACCUUACUGUACUUCUCUUUAAAAGAAGUAUGCCCCACGGAGAGCCUCAAGGUCCAUAAAUAGCAACACCCUAGUGGUCCCGGGCCCUAAGGAAGUUAGAUUGGCUUCAACCAGAGCCAGGGCCUUUUCAAUACUGGCUCCGGCCUGGUGGAACGCUCUGUCUCAUGAGACCAGGGCCCUGCGGGAUCUGAUUUCUUUCUGCAGGGCCUGUAAGACAGAGUUGUUCCGUCUGGCCUUUGGCUUGGAGCCAAUUUGAUUCCAUCUCCCUCUUUCUUUUUUCUUCUCCUUUCUCCUCCUGCAAUGAGGCUACAUUUUAAUAUUUUAAUGUUUCAAUAUUUUAAUGUUGUUUUUAAAUUGUAUUCAUUCAACUUAUUUUUAUUAUUGCUUGUUAGCCGCCCUGAGCCCGGCCUUGGCUGGGGAGGGCGGGGUAUAAAUAAAAAAUAUUAUUAUUAUAUUAUUAUUAUUAUUAUUAAAGAUUUGCCACAGUUUUUUUAUUCACUUUAUUUUAUUUAUAUCCUGCCUUGGGUGGGGGCAGUGAUGGGAAUUAUUUGGCAGCACAAAAUAAUAUAUCAAAUACAGUGGUACAUUCGUUCUUGAACUUAAUCUGUUCAGGGAGUCCGUUCGACUCCCAAAAUGGUUCAGAAACCAAGGCGCGGCUUCCGCUUGGCUGCAGGAGCUUCCUGCAUUCAAUCGGAAGCCGCGUUGGAUGUUCGGCUUCCGAAAAAGGUUUGCAAACCAGAACACUCACUCCUGGUUUGCGGCGUUUGGGAGCCGAUUUGUUCAGGAGCCAAGCCGUUUGAGUUCCAAACUGCCACUGUACAUUUAUAAAUCAUCAUAGCUAAGGCAAACAAACACAUUUCAGACUUGCUUGUUACCCCCCCUUGUUGCGUUUGACGGGCUUAUUUCUUUCUCUCCCCCCUCUCCUCUAAUGUUUUAAAUGGCACUGAAAUGGUCUGUUAACAUGUGACGAGUUUGCUGUAGUUUUUACUGUUUAUUUCGAUCUUUUGCUUUGCAAGUCGCCCAGAGAAGUCCUCACGGAGGCCCGUGGAGAUCAUCCCCAAGUAAGUGGGCAUUGCAGCCCCUCUGGCCCAGUCUUUUCUUUAGCUUGCCUCUAGUAUCACAGACGCAGUUGUAGUAUCAUUGGGAUGUGGGUGGCGCUGUGGUCUAAACCACAGAGUCUAGGACUUGCCGAUCAGAAGGUCGGUGGUUCGAAUCCCUGCGACGGAGUGAGCUCCCAUUGUUCGGUCCCAGCUCCUGCCCACCUAGCAGUUUGAAAGCACUUCAAAAGUGCAAGUAGAUAAAUAGGUACCACUCCGGUGGGAAGGUAAACGGCGUUUCCGUGUGCUGCUCUGGUUCGCCAGAAGCGGCUUUGUCAUGCUGGCCACAUGACCCGGAAGCUGUCUGUGGACAAACGCCGGCUCCCUCGGCCUAUAGAGUGAGAUGAGCGCGCAACCCCUGAGUCGUCCGCGACUGGACCUAAUGGUCAGGGGUACCUUUACCUUUUAGUAUCACAGAAUUGUAGAGUUGGAAGGGAUGGCAAGGGUCAUCCACUCUAAUCCCUUGCAAUGCAGGAAUAUGCAGGCCCAUAUAGGGAUCAAACCAGCGUCCUUAACAUUAUCAGCACCACACUCUAACCAGCUGAGCUCUAACCAUCAAUUCCUUCCCACACCUUAAUCUAGAAACUUUUAGAAGUUUUAAACUGUUUGAGAAGGCUAUUUUUAACUGCUUUUAGAGGCUUUGAUUGUAUUAUUUUAAAACUGACUAAAAUGUAAAUUUAAUUAAUAUUGUCUCUGUUGCCCAAGACCUUUUAUUUCUCACAUUCCUCCUACACCUCCUUAACCUUUCCCUUGUUGCCUUUCCCCCAUUUCACUAUUUCCUCCACAAGUUUCCUUUGCAAUACUCCAAAUUAUUUUUUAAAAAGCCAUAUGUUGUGACCCACCCUUAAUUUUUCAUGUGUGUGCCUUGCCUGGGCGUGUCACAGGUUGGCUGUGCCUAGACCAUAGAGUCUCAAAAAGCUUGUGAUCCUUUUGGCUCAUGCUUGUAACCAUUCCUUCAUCUAGCUGAAUAGAUCGUUAUCCUGCGGGAAAAAUCUUGGGUGUUUUCCGCAUCGCCCUGUUUCAGGUAAGGAGAUCCUUGAGGGUGCAUUGCUUGCAUGCUUAGCGCAACAGGUUUGUUUUCUGAUCUUACCUGCCCUGAAUCUUUGGCCACAAAUUUAAGUACGAUGCUCCUGAUAGCAUCUCCUGAAACAUAUCACAUUGGAGAGUGUGUGGAUGCGUUACCUUAAAGUCAAAGAGCCUACCAUCACUCAUUGUAAGAGAAAGCAAGGUAUGUUUCUUGAUACAGAUUUUUAAGCACAUUGUCCAGAAUGUUAUACAGUGGUACCUCAGGUUAAGAACUUAAUUCGUACUGGAGGUCCGUUCUUAACCUGAAACUGUUCUUAACCUGAGGUACCACUUUAGCUAAUGGGGCCUCCCACUGCUGCCACGCCACCAGAGCACAAUUUCUGUUCUCAUCCUGAAGCAAAGUUCUUAACCCGAGGUACUAUUUCUGGGUUAGCAGAGUCUGUAACCUGAAGCGUCUGUAACCCGAAGCGUCUGUAACCUGAGGUACCACUGUAUGUUUAUUUUCUAUGUUCCGCUUCUCAGACAUUUGUCUCCCAGAGCAGAUCACCUCAAAAAAGUGACAUAGCUUGUCAUCUGGUUUUUUUAAAAAUAGGACAUGGCACACAAACGAAGGGAAGUUGAGGGCAAAGGUUGUGGGAUGUAACGUAAGCAGUCAAGUACAACACUUCCUGUUUGCCUAGAGUGGACACAGGCAGGGGGAUUUUGAUCCAGCCAGUUGAACUUCCUGUUGCACCUGGGCUGGAGCAUUACCAGGAAUAUACAGUCAUACCUUGGGUUACAGAUGCUUCAGGUUGUGUUUUUUUAGAUUACGGAACCCCGAAACCCGGAAGUACUGAAACAGGUUACUUCCGGGUGUCGGCAGUCGUGCAUGCGCAGAAGCGCCGAAUCGCAACAUGUGCGUGUGCAGACGCACCACUGUGGGUUGCGAACGCUGCGGAUUGCGAACGUGCAUCCCGCACGGAUCACGUUCGCAACCCGAGUGUCCACUGUACUCCAAUCUGAACAAAGCCAGAUUGGAUUGCUUAAGUAAAGAGAUUCAAACGAAUCUACCAACUAGCUUCCUGCUAUAUAUUGGGGAAUACAUUCUGCUGCUGGCUCACACGCGUGAGUUAGGAAGGAUACUAUUAAAUCAAUAUAUCCUCUCCUAGUAUCGACAGCAUUCCCACAAAGGUAGAUGGUGGAGACAAUUUUUUUCAAGGCCAGACCCAAGUGGUGAACCAUAAGUAGGGAUGGAGGAGGAGGAAUUUGGUUUGGUUGGAAUUUUAAUGCAAUUGUAGCUAAUUUGCACUUCUCGAAGCAAAUACGUGAAGCCAAACACUGCUGUCCUUCAAAAUGUGCACUGCUCCAGUUCUCCAAGAGAAUGUGUGCAAAAAUGUUUAUAUUAGGGGAGAGUGCAUGCAAGCAAAUAAAUAAAUAAUCCUGAGGGUCAUCUAGUCCAACCCCCUGCAACGCAGGGAUCUCAGCUAAAGCAUCCAUGUCAGAUGGCCAUCCAACCUCUGCUUAAAAACCUCCCCCAAAAAAUAGUACAGUAGUGAAAAUAAUAUAAAAAUGCAUAACUAGAGAAAAAUGCACUAAAGGGCUUUUGAAUUUUCACUAGGACUUAAAAAAUCACAAGCUGAUGCACUAAUACUGAGAACUGGAAAAGAAAUGGGAAAAGGAGAGGAUCUGAAAUUGACAAGCCAUCCCUUACCUAUAAGCAGACAUUUUGUGUCUCGUUCAGCCUAGCCUGACCUCCCCUUUGUGGUGAUGGGGCUUGGGUAGCAGGUGAUGCCUCGAGUUCCUUUGACCAAUAGGUAGGGUCAGAUGGUCCUGUCCCCUUGCUUCUGCAGCCCUAGGGCAAUUGUUAGGUGAGGCAAAAUGGUUCUUCAUGGGAGGAAAGGAAGCUGUUCCUUCUCUGCCUAAUAAAUGGGACCAAAGGCAGAGGCUGCAGCAUGCUUCACUUCAGCUCUGCAUCUCUGUCCGCAAUGCAAAAGCAUCCCCAAAGUUCUCUCUCUCUCUCUCUCUCUCUCUCUCUCACACACACACACACACAGUGCUUUUUUACCUCAAAAAAUUAAAAAUGUUUAGGGGUACUCUCAUUUUGACUCAAGAAAAAUCAUUUUAUAGUUCAAAUUGGGGAAAAAUAAAUACAGUAAAUGGACAGAAGGCCGCCACCGGGGGUAGCAAUGGAACUGACGAUUCACUGUGUUUGGGAUAUGCAUCCCCUGUGUCCCCACAGAAAAAAAGUACUCUCUGUGUGUGUAUACAGUCAUUCCUCGGGUUAAAUGUGCUUCAGGUUGAGCUUUCUCAGGUUACGCUCUGCGGCGACCCAGAAGUAAUGGAGCGCGUUACUUCCGGGUUUCACCACUCAUGCAUGCUCAGAUGCUCAAAAUUACAUCACGCGCAUGCGAGGAAUCGCGACACGUGCGGACGCUGGUUGCGUUCGCUUCAGGAUGUGAACGGGGCUCUGGAACGGAUCCUGUUCACAUCCAGAGGUACCACUGUGUGUGUGUGUAUAUAGAUAUAUAUAUAUAUGUUUGUGUGUGUGCACGUGCGUAUAUACACACGCGAUCGUGCGCACACACACAGUGGUACCUCGGGCUACAGGUUACAGACUCCGCUAACCCAGAAAUAGUACCUCGGGUUAAGAACUUUGCUUCAGGAUGAGAACAGAAAUCGCAUGGCGGCAGCGGGAGGCCCCAUUAGCUAAAGCGGUACCUCAGGUUAAGAACAGUUUCAGGUUAAGAACGGACUUCCAGAACAAAUUAAAUUCUUAACCCGAGGUAUCACUAUAAUUAAAUUUUCUGUUUUACUAAUUAGACUAUUCAUUUAUACAACCUUAAAAUAUCCAUGACUUCCCUUCUUUUUCCAUGGUUCAUUUUACAUAGCAUAAAUCCCUGCAUAUUUUACAUAAACUAAGCCAUUCAGUAUUCCAUUAUUACUUCCAUCGAAACUUAUUUACACUGUUGAAUUUAUCUUAAUGCUGCCAACGUUUUCAAGCGUGCACAAUUCCCCUCCCCAUAUAUUCAAUAAAUAUUUUCCAAUCUUCUUUCAACAAAUGUUCUUCUUGUUCUCUUAUUCUAUAUGUUAGGUCUGCAAGCUGCGCAUAUAACAUCGGUUUAAAUUGCCAUUCUUCUUUAGUUUAAGGUUACCAGAUUUUUUUGAAUGAAUCCGGGGGCACGUUUCAACUUCAGUAGGAAUGAUAGGAUUUUGUAUGGGGACUGAUUUGUAAAUCCGGGGACUGUCCCCGGGAAGCGGGGACAUCUGGUAACCUUACUUUAGUUGGGACCUCGCUCGUUUUCCAUUUUGGGGCUAAGUAAACACGGGCCGCCCCCAAAGUUCUGAUAUGAUGCGUGUUGUCUGAUAAGGCAAACUUUUAGCCAGCUAGCUAUAUGCACUUGUGACUUGGAAUGUUUCUUUGCUAUAUUUUCUGCAAGGUGCUAGUUUGUGGUGCCUUUAAUUAAAAACAUGUAGGCCAAUUGUCUAACGUUCUGAAAACUUUUUUAAAGAGAGCAGCGAAGGGAAGAGCGAUGCAGAUAUCAAAAAGUUUGAGGAUGAUGAUUGUGACCGAGGUAAGAUGACAGGCAGCUACUAGCUGUCGCCCUUGUUAAAAAUUGUGGUAGUAACCCUGAGCUUCCGACUGCUUGUAGGGAGACACAUGAUUGAGUAUUCCUCUGUACCAAAAAUACCCCCAAACGUCUUACUGCCUUUAGAAAUGUGUAAGGAAGAAGGCUAAGUUAGAGGCUUUCUUCCUGACAUGCUAGCUCUCUGCCUGCAGGGAUUUUUGUGAAUGGAGGGGCAUUCAGUUGCAUAAGCCCUCUAUGUCUCUCUUUAUUUUUUAUUGUUUUCAUAUUAAAUGUUGUCAGCUUUAUGGGUUGCCUGUAUUAAUAAACUAUACAGUAUAUUAAAUUUAUACUGUGUAAAUUUAGUAAAUAAAUAACUGGUGCAUUUUUUCUUCACGCAACACAGUACCUGCAGCAGAAACUUCUCUCUUAAACAAGCUGAUUAGAAAAUCUCUAGUGGAGUCCUACCAUCACGUAGAGGUUUUGCAGCGUGAUCCCAGCUCACCGCUGUUUUCCGUGAAAACCUUUGAGGAACUGCAUUUGUGAGUAUCUAGAAUCAAUUGACGUUUGCAUUUUGUUCGUAAGUUUUGUUCAUUCAGUGACUGCUCUUCUCCGGGCUGUGGGUCUACUUGAAAUGGAUAAUUAUAUAUAUCAGAAACUGAAUCAGCCCAUGCCUUCUUACCAGAAAGUGCUCAUCCAUCCUGUGGUCUGGUGCUUAUUAUGGGUUUUGCAUUUCCCAGAGCUCGGGUUCAGAUCCUGCAUUUCGCAAAAGCUCGUUUGGUUUACGAACCUAACGUGCUGCAUUUCAGUAGGAGUCCAUUGCCUUCUAUUCCUAUUGACGUUGCUCUUGGUUUCAGAGCACCGUUUGUUUCCAUAGCACUUCUUAUCCUUCCUUAUAGCUCUGUUGACUUUUUCAGGAUUGUAGCCUUGGUGAAAUAUUUAGGUGUGUUCUGGUCUGAGGCACAAGUCGUAGAUUGUGGUUCGAGGACCCGACCUCCGCUUGGAGGACUAAAGGCACGUGGACACAGUGUAUAAGGUUAAUGGGCUAGAAAAGGCCACAGCUUUAUUGAUUAGAGCAAGUGAGAGGUAUUGGCUUAGGUAUUGGACCAACAGCAAAUUUUGACUCCACCCACUCGGAGAGGGGUGAGUCUGACUGGGGUUAACCACCAGUAGGGGAUCCUGUUGAUGCUAAUACAACUAUAAGCUCUUCCCUGAUGUCACCGAGGGUCGUGCCAUGGCCCCCCGCCACACAGGCAUCGGACAGGAUCCACAACCGCCGGAUUCCUUUAACGGAAUACCCAAAUUUGAAGUGGUAGGCGAUGGCUACACCUUGCCCUUCCACACACCAACAACACAUUCCAAUGCCUAACUGCCAAAUACCACGAAAGUUGUGAUGGUUGCUACGAGGUAGGCGAAAAAAACCAAAAGGCAGGUGCCAAUUUGCCAGUUGGAAAAAAUUCCUACCAGCCCCCGUGGGCAACCUGGGUGACCAACCAUAGGUCCAUAGCAAGGUCAAGAGAAAAGCUAAGCCCUAAGCCCUAAGGGAGUGGUGGGUGGGUGACUCGCGGCGAAAAGGUGAAGAAAUGGGCGGAAUGGCUGGCGCAUCUUGAACAGCAAACCAUGCACUCACCAAGCCGCCCGGUUGGGUGUUUAACCGGGGGCGUGGCGCUCCAGCCAUGUGAGUGGGACAGGGGGCAUAAUGACCCCGGCGUGACAUGGGAAUCGCGUCCCGCCCACAACACCACCCCUCCGGAAGGAGGAGAGGCCCUGUAAAAACACAACAGAGUGGCUGGGGCUGAUGCCUUUCAAACCAGUACAGUGGUACCUCGCAAGACGAAUGCCUCGCAAGACAAAAAACUCGCUAGACGAAAGGGUUUUUUGUUUUUUGAGCUGCUUCGCAAGACGAUUUUCCCUAUGGGCUUGCUUCGCAAGACGGAAACGUCUUGCAAGUUUGUUUCCUUUUUCUUAACACCGUUAAUACAGUUGCGACUUGACUUCGAGGAGCAACUCAUAGAACACGGUGUGGUAGCCUUUUUUGAGGUUUUUGAAGACUUUGGUGAUUUUUGAAGCUUUUCCAAAACUUUCCUGACACCGUGCUUCGCAAGACGAAAAAAAUCGCAAGACGACAAAACUCGUGGAACGAAUUAAUUUUGUCUUGCGAGGCACCACUGUAAUUUCACAGGAAGCUGCCUUAUACUGAAUCGGACCAACUUAGACUGGUCCAUCUGGCUCAGUAAUGUCUACACUGACUUGGCAGCAGCUCUCCAGGGUUUCAGGUCGAAGUCUCUCCCCUGCCUGCAGAAGCUAGGGAUUGACCUUCUGCUUGCAUGUGCUGUACUACUGAGCUACAGAAAAUACAUUAUUGAAGAAUAUAUUCUGAUAACCAAUGCUUAUGUUAGACAAGGGAAAGUUUGAGAAUGGUGGGUCUGAAAAUUACACUCCAGAUGAUGGACUUUUGGGAGCUAGCCGACCUGACCGGAAGAGUCCGCGAACAGAAGGAGGAGGAGUACCAGGAGGAAUGGAUGGAAUUCAAAGACUAUUUAGCUAAAUAUGCUAAGAUAACUUAAAUAGAAAUACUUGCAAGUACCAGAUUGGCUUAGGAUUUAAAUAUGUGAUGUUAUAGAAUAUUAUGUUUAAAGUUAAUAUGAAAAGAAAGAAAGAUGUUACUCAGCUAAGUAAAGUUUAUGAGAAAUUAGUUUUGGAGAACUGUUACAAUGAUAUACAUUGAAACUCAGCCAGGGGAUUCGAGGAGGUCACCUAAUAAUGUUAACAAAAGUGGAAUUAUUACAGUUAGGAUUUAUGUUUGUUUAUGUUUGUUAUAAAUUUGGAAAGCCAAUAAUUUUUGGGGGGGGAAAAAGAAGUAAAUUACACUCCUAAUACUUAAGAAAUGUUGGGAUAGACCUGCAAUAUGCUGUUCUAUGGGCCUCUCUUGCUGUUAUCAAUAAGCCACUUUUUGCAGUAGCUGACUCCUCUUAGAAGGGGUUGAUGGGAAUGCAACAUCUUUGUAGCAGGCUGGUUUUCAGGGCUUUUCAUUUUGCUACCGCCCAAAUCUAUUGGUUCAAGUCCAAAUCGUAUUGUUUAUCUUGACGUCAUUUUGUGUGAAAAUGAGCCUAGCGAUUUGCAACGUGUUCCGCCAUCUAUCCAAAUUUCUCAGUUAUGGCAACUCUUGAAUCUCUAAAAUCACGAUGGCUAUUCCUUUUAAAGUCCCAAGCAGUACAUGGAGGUUAGGGGAUCUUAUUUACCAGACUGCUAGCAUCCUCCAGUUUCACUCAGAAGUACCCGAGCUGCUUACAUGUAAAACUGUUCACUUUUAUUCUCAUUUUAACAGGAAGGAUGAACUCUUGCAAGGCAUCUACGCCAUGGGCUUUAACAGACCUUCCAAGAUUCAAGAAACAGCACUUCCAAUGAUGUUAGCUGACCCGUGAGUUGGUUUCAAACAAAUUGAAAGAUAUUCUUUGUGUUGCAGCCAGCAUGGGACACACUUGUGCCAAUUAGCCAGCGAGUUGUUGAGCUAAUUCAUGUUAGAUUUCUUGUAGACGCUGAAGUUUCAUCUACAUAGAAUGGGUAACAUAACUUCUGUCCCCAACUGACACACAGGUUUAGGGAAGGGAUAUUUCCCCUCUGAUUACUAUUCUGUUCCCUAAUAGUUUUUGCAUCCCGUUAUCAAAUGAAAAUCCGGAUAAAGAUACCCUUUCAGUCUGGUUAUCAACCACCUUUGAAAUCAGAAUUUUUUGUUCUGGUUGAUCUGUUCUUUAGAAGGUUGUCACUCACUGUUUUCUGUUCUUUUCAACCUCCUUAUUCCCAGUUCAUGUGCUUAAAAGACUCAUUCUCCCAAUGAAACUUGAAGUAUAAAAUAUUAUUAACACUCUGAAAAGCAAAUCCCAAAGGUUUGCUAAACCAUACUUCUAUGUAAAACGUUCUUCCCACUAUGCGUUUUGUGUGCCUCUCAAGUAUCCUUGUUGUAUCUGAAGAAGUGUGCAUGCACACGAAAGCUCAUACCAAUUACAAACUUAGUUUGUCUCUAAGGUGUAGGGAUGCGGGUGGUGCUGUGGGUUAAACCACAGAGCCUAGGACUUGCCGAUCAGAAGGUCGGCGGUUCGAAUCCCCGCGACGGGGUGAGCUCCCAUUGCUCGGUCCCUGCUCCUGCCAACCUAGCAGUUCAAAAGCCGUCAAAGUGCAAGUAGAUAAAUAGGUACUGCUUCGGCGGGAAGGUAAACAGCGUUUCCGUGCACUGCUCUGGUUCGCCAGAAGCGGCUUAGUCAUGCUGGCCACAUGACCCGGAAGCUGUAUGCCGGCUCCCUCGGCCAAUAAAGCGAGAUGAGCGCCGCAACCCCAGAGUCGGCCACGACUGGACCUAAUGGUCAGGGGUCCCUUUACCUUUAAGGUGCUACUGGAAGGAAUUUUUUAAUUUUGUUUUGACUACCUGUAACUUGUUUCAGUUACAGAUAUCCUUCCUUAUUAUUAUUUCAUUGAAACAGGAACACUCCUUAGGACUCCCAGCUUAUUAACUACGUAGCCCAAAAUCUGGGAUCCCCUCCAAACCUGUGCCAAAGUUUUGCAGCCAUUUUGCGACAAAAACGCCGCAUUUUGCUGCGCCCCCUCAAACUGAGUAAUUGAUACAUUAACCUGGGGCUUGAAGUUAACACCCAAAAUUCCAACAGUGUCUGAGUCGCUUCAAACCGGUGCCAAAGUGAUAGUUUUGCAGCAGUCCACAAACUUAGAAGCCCAGACCUUUGAAAUAUUGUUGUCUUUUUGCAUUAAUCCCAACUUGAUUCUCUGUUUCAGACCCCAAAACCUUAUAGCACAAAGUCAGUCGGGGACAGGCAAAACAGCUGCUUUUGUUCUGGCUAUGCUGAGCAGAGUGAACCCACAGGACAGAUUUCCACAGGUAAAAUGAACUCAGCGAUAUUGCCGCCGGCUGCAGAGUCAUCCUCAGUUCACUAACGCCAACAAGAAAUCGAAAUCUUUGCUAUUAACCUAAGGGCUGCUUCCCUGGGGUUUGUGCCUUUUCCAUCUGGUCCACUGCUUCCGUAGAAUGGCUAAGCAUAGCCGUUUUCAAUGCUGAGAGUUUCCUAAAAACCUGGAAGCUGGCUGGCGGAUGCAAACUGCCUUAAAAUUGACACACAGACUAAUCUUGCAGAAGUGGAAUUAAGCCUCAACAUGGUAACAAAGUAAUGUUGGCACCAGGUGGAUUUUAUUUAAAUCAAAUUGAUCUAAAUCACAAUUUAAAUCACUGGUCAGUAAGACUUGAUUUAAAUCACUUUUUUUACAGAAAGACUCAUUCUUCCUGGUAUAAUCUUAAUAUUUACAUCCACGUUUCAUUUUUGGAAUAAUAACUUUUCAGAGUAGUUUUUACAGUUAUAUCAAAUAUUACUGAUUUGGUUAUACUACUAUAAAUACAGUGGUAGAUAAUUAUGAAAUUAUUGUGAGGUUUAAUAAGUUAACUGUUUAUAUUUGGGCAACUGUUCUGCUGUACUUAUUGGAAGGAGGAAAAAUAAUCAUUUCCUUAAUAACAAUUUCAACAAUUUAUUUAACUAAAACAAUAACAAUAACAUUAUAGCAUAUGUAUCCAUUUUAUUUUAAAAAUCCGAUUUAAAUAAGAAAAAUCUUUUUUUUAAAAAAAAACCAUUGAUUUUUAUCCACCCUGGUAGGCACAAUCAUCAAGCAACCAUCCCACUGUGUUCAUCCAUGCUCAUAGCUGUGACAUACUGCAUAGGCAAGGGACAUUUAACCAAGUUUUUUUUUAAAUAAAAUAAAAUCCCAUGAUUCAUUUGUUUAAAAUCACUUUUAACAUUUGUGCUGAUGCACUUAAAAAACCAAAAAACCCCAGUGCCAUUGUGUGAUUGCUUCAGCGUUCAAAAGUACAAGACAAAAACUAACACGUUGAUAAACUUGCACUGAACGGAACUUCUGUUUGCUCUAAAACACUUUUUCAUGUGGGUGCUAAUUGAGCAGAUACUUCCAUUUUUAAAAAAACAGGCAAAGAAGCCCAAACCUAAAGAUAGAUUUAAAAGAAUAUGCUAAAAUGAAGCCAGCCAUACAGCGUUACGGUGGAGGUUUGUGAAGUUAAAGGAGCAUGGUCAUUUAUUUAAAAAGACAGAAGACUAGUAUUGAGGUGAUCGAUAUCUGGUGGCGGUUGCACUUAUUGUCCCUUCCUUUUAAAAUAAAAACAAUAUUUUCUGCAGUUUGAGAAAAGAUAGGAGCUUAAGGGAAACAGGAGAGCAGUGCUUUACCGUGUUGUGUAGAUGCCCCAUAAAAAGUAAAUGCACAAUUUGUAUCUAUUCCACAUCUUUUCAGUGCCAGGUAAACGCUUCUCUUUCUCCGCAGGCUGUAAGGUGAUAUUGUUAAGUAGCUAAUGUGCUGCCAAAACCUUCCUGUGGCUGUUACGGGGGUUGUUUGGUUCUGUUUUUAUGCUGCAAUGUAUUCAUAUUUAUGUUUUAAAUAUUCUGCAAGUCUGCUGGAGACUCUUUGGUGAGCAAGGGAAGAAUAAUAAAUAGUCUAAUAAAUAAUAGCCUAAUGCUAAAGUGAAAAGGAAACAUGGCCUGCGUGUCAUAUUGGGGAAGCACUGCACCAUUUCUGAAGGCUAAACUGACCUCCAUCUUUCUGUUUCCUUCUACCUCUGUUGCCUCCUCCCAAAGUGUCUCUGCUUGUCUCCCACCUUUGAGCUGGCAUUGCAAACGGGGCGAGUGAUUGAGAAGAUGGGAAAGUUUUGCGUCAACAUAAAGGUUGCGUUUGCCAUUCGAGGGAACAGACGUAAGGCUCUCUCUUGAUGCGUCCCCCCCCCCCCGCGUUUGUCUUGCUGCCUAACGCUUUUGUCGAAAGUGCUUUUGUUCUAUAAUCCAGAUGUUACAGAGCACCACCCACCCACCCCCAAAGCUGUUGGUGCCGUGAAAUGCAUACUAAAUACUGCAUGCCUUUCGUAGAUUAGAUUCGGCGGCAGCUUCCAUCUUUGGUAGCAGUCCUUUGUCAUUAGGUGAAUGAAAUAUACUCGGAGUCGAGUGUGGAUUUCAUGCUCUUUAUUCAGCUCAUAGUAGCGAGGAGUAGAAGUUUCCCCAAACUGUCUGCUUUAUAGACAUUAUUUACACAAUGGGCCCCACGUGAUUGGCUAAUUCCGGGAUUCUCCUGUAGGCCAAUCAGGUUGUGGAUUCACUUCCACCUGGAGCUGGAUUGGGUGGCUCCUGCGGACCAAUCAGACUGCUGCAUUCUGGAUCCUAUUCUAGGACCAAUCAGACUGCUGCAUUCUGAAUCCUAUUGUUCUAGGACCAAUCAGACUGCUGUAUUUUGGAUCCAAUUCAACUCAGUACAUAACAGUGAACUAAGUAUCCACCUUUUAACUUUGCUUCCUCCGUUAAAAAAAAAGAUUUCUAACUUACCGAGAUGUUUAUGCCAUGAAAUAGCUCCCUCCCUCCAACCACCACUCUAGAAUUGAGUGUAAACCAGGGUAGCCAGUGUUGUUGCCUGCAGGUGUUGUUUGGGCUGUACCACCCAUCAGCCUUAUGGAUCGCAGCCAUUGUAGCAGAUGAUGGAAGUUGAAGCCCCAACAACUUUUGGAUGGCAUCAUGCUGGUUAUCCCUUGUCUUGGCUGCUGUGUCCAGACUUAACGGCGUGCUUCCUUCUUGCCCCUCCCUAAAUUUUUUAACCUGGUUUCUCUGCUCCUACGGCGAGGUUUUCCUGGAAGAGUGUGUUCCAGCUGGGCACGUUAACAGGGCAUUUGUUUACGGCUUGCAUGUACUGCUUAAGUGGGGCACUGGUGGCGCUGUGGUCUAAACCACUGAGCCUCUUGGGCUUGCCAGUCGGAAGGUCGGCGGUUCAAAUUCCCACAAUGGGGUGAGCUCCCAUUGCUCUGUCCCAGCUCCUGCCAACCUAGCAGUUCGAAAGCAGGCCAGUGCAAGCAGAUAAAUAGGUACCACUGUGGCAGGAAGGUAAACGGUAUUUCCGUAUGCUCUGGUUUCCGGCACGGUGUUCCGUUGCACCAGAAGUGGUUUAGUCCUGCUGGCCACAUGACCCGGAAAGCUGUCUGCAGACAAACUCUGGCUCCCUUGGUCUGAAAGCGAGAUGAACGCCACAACCCCAUAGUUGCCUUUGGCUGGACUUAACCAUCCAGGGCUCCUUUACCUUUUACUGCUUAAGUAAAGUGGAGAAAGAACUGCAGGAGAUAUACCUCCAUGUUACUUCUUGGCACUUGGUUUUCUGCAAAAUGAUGGAGAUCCUUUAAGCCAGGAAUGGGCAGGGGGGACACCUGUGGCCUUCCAGUUCUUGUUGGACUCCAACUCCCAACAGCCCCAGCUAGCAUCCAGGAGGACAGUACUAGUAGUUGGACAGCCCCAUCUCUGAUUUAAGCCUCAGGCCAAGUUUGUGCAAUUGCAGUAAGCAUCUCAACAUCAGUUUCAUAUAUUUAGCCCUGGCUCUUGUGCUUAUUGUUAUUGUAAGUGUCAAGGAGCCAGGAGUGCAUCUUGCAUCCUUGCACUGGACACAACGUCCACACACACACACUGUUUACCUGUGUACUUGCCCCCCCGCCCCCAGUUGCACGUGGUUAACAAGCUGCAGGUUGGGGGGCCAAGGCUAGCACCGUGAUAACAACAAGGGGGGAAACAGCAGCUGUUAUUCUCCAAAAAUUAAUUGCAAUAACCCAAAAUCUUAGUUUAGCAAACGUGCACUGGCUGACAUAGCAAAAGUAACUCAAUCUCUCUCCCAGUUCCAAGAGGGACUGUAGUGGAAGAACAGAUAGUAAUUGGAACCCCAGGAACUCUGCUAGAUUGGUGUUUCAAGCUAAACCUUUUGAAUCCAAAGAAGAUCAAAGUAUGUGUGCUGGAUGAAGCAGACGUCAUGAUCGACAAACAGAAUUACUCAGACCAGAGUGUCCGAAUUCAGAGGUAAACAUAUUUUUAUUUGUUUUUUUAGUAAGACAGAUGUUGGCGAAGUAACUUACUUCUUGCUGAAAGUCCUGCAUGUAGAACUUUUCUAGACCUGCUCAUCCCUGUUGGAGCAUCUGGGAAGGUUUUUAACCACUUUAUUUGUAUUGAUAGAACUUGCUUUUUCACUAAUUUAUUAUUACUUUGGAGAAGGCAUGCCCUAUUGAAGACUUGUCUGUGCCGAAAGUGGCUUCAGAUGUAGACCUAAGGGCUUUUGUGCAGUCAUAUUGCUGCCAUGUAGAAACAAUAGCAUUCUCGCCUUUCUUCUUGUACGUGCAGAAGAUUAACAGCCUAAGUUCCCCGCGUGGGUUACAACAAUUUAAAAAUACAAUAUUAAAAACAGUUUAAAACCAAUGACUGCCACAAGAAUAGGGUGGGACCUUAAAAUAUUUACCUCAGGUGUCAAAAAGGCCAAGGUAAAGAGGUGCUUCUUCAGUAUACGAUGGAAGCUGUACAAUGCCACCAUUGCACAAAUCAGUCUCAUCAUUUGAUCCUCAUGUCCCUACACUGGCUCCCUGUCUGCUCAACACAAGCUCCUUGUCCCUGACUUGAGAGCCUCACAAGGCUCCCUGCUUCCCUUUCUGCUUUUAUAUCCUGAUAAUGUUCCUUAACGCGUCCUCUGCUUAUCCAACUCCUCUCUCAAAGCCUUUGCCCUUUCUCAAGCAUUCUGGUGUCCCUCCUUUCCUGCCCCAUGUGUCCUGGGAUGCCUCUCAACAAACCCUAAGCAUUUGCAACUGAAACAGUCACCUCUGCCCUUCCUCUGUUCUUCCCCCGUGCUGUAAGCUCCUGGGCAGACAGUUUUCCCCUUGUGUCUGCAAAGCUCCAUGUACCUGGACAUUUAAGAAGGAAAACCCCCCCUGUGAUUUGGCUUUUAUAAUUGUUCUGUUACCAGGAUGGAAGACGCAUAGGCAGGCAGUCUUUUUCCAGGUUCAUGGAAGUGCCUGAGAGAUGUUCGAUCAAGACCUUAUUAAUUGUAAAUACUUCUAUCUAGGAACGGAGUCUGUGGAAUAUGGUGCCAGGGGAGAAAUUUGAGGGAGGCAGACGGGCAAAGACAACCUCAGAGCCUGCUCCCUUCCCCUCCUCCCAAGUCCCAAGAAAUUCGUAUCACUGCCCUCUUAGAAGAAGCAUCUUUCAGUGGGGCUGGUGCUUUGGUUUUGUGUUUAUGUGGAUCUGGCCUUUAUCUUACAUGUGUUAUAUAUAUAUAGAAAUAGCUGAUUUUAAUUCUCUAGUUGAAAACUGAGAGGUAAACCUACUUAUUAGGAAUGAGUAGAAAUACACUGCAAAGUCUCCCUUCUUACCUGGUAACAAGUGAGAAUUCUGGGCUGCAUCAAUAGGAGUAUAGCAUCUAGAUCAAGGGAAGUAAUAGUGCCACUGUAUUCUGCUCUGGUCAGACCUCACCUGGAGUACUGUGUCCAGUUCUGGGCACCACAGUUCAAGAAGGACACUGACAAACUGGAACGUGUCCAGAGGAGGGCAACCAAAAUGGUCAAAGGCCUGGAAAUGAUGCCUUAUGAGGAACGGCUAAGGGAGCUGGGCAUGUUUAGCCUGGAGAAGAAGAGGUUAAGGGGUGAUAUGAUAGCCAUGUUCAAAUAUAUAAAAGGAUGUCACAUAGAGGAGGGCGAAAGGUUGUUUUCUGCUGCUCCAGAGAAGCGGACACGGAGCAAUGGAUCCAAACUACAAGAAAGAAGAUUCCACCUAAACAUUAGGAAGAACUUCCUGACAGUAAGAGCUGUUUGACAGUGGAAUUUGCUGCCAAGGAGUGUGGUGGAGUCUCCUUCUUUGGAGGUCUUUAAGCAGAGGCUUGACAACCAUAUGUCAGGAGUGCUCUGAUGGUGUUUCCUUCUUGGCAGGGGGUUGGACUCGAUGGCCCUUCUGGUCUCUUCCAACUCUAUGAUUCUAUGAUUCUAUGAGAAUGAAGAGGGUUAGUUAGAUGCUGCCUUCUAGCAAGGCAGGCAGUUGGUCAUGAAGCUCAGCUGACUAAGCUGUGGGCCUCAAGGCUUUCAGGCAGGAGUCUUUCCCAACCCUUCCUGAAGAUUGAACCUCGUAUCUUCUGCAUGCAAAGCACAGGCUGCAUCGCUAGGCCACAGCUGCUCCCCAGUGAGUUCAGUUCUAACAGGUAGGCAACUCCCAUCGUCCCUGCCCGUUGGCCAUGCAUGCUGGGGCUGAUGGGAGCUGUAGUUUGGCAACACCUGGAGGGCCCCAAGUCCCUCAAACCUGAUUUAUAAAGAGGCAAAAGAUUCGUGGCCACGAUUUCUCUUGAGAAUGAAAUGCUGGCUGCUUUUUGUUUUUCUUCCUUCCAGAGCUUUAGACCCCGGUUGUCAGAUGCUUCUCUUUUCCGCCACCUUUGAAGACCCUGUGCUGCUCUUUGCCCAGCGCAUCGUCCCCGAACCCAACGUUAUUAAGCUCCGCCGAGAGGAGCUGACCCUAAACAAUAUCAGGCAGUACUACUUUGAGUGUGAGAACAAGGAGGACAAAUAUAAAGCCCUGUGCAAUAUCUAUGGCAGCAUCACAGUCGGCCAAGCGAUCAUCUUUUGUCAGGUAAGGCGCCCUUGCAGCAUCGAGGUAACCUGGGGCCCCAGAAAACGUCCUGAGAAUAUAUUUGGGGUGAGGAGGAAUGGUGGGCCCAUGGUCUUGGGAUGAAGAUUUCUGACUUCCAAUCCAGUCUUACUAGUCAGAUAUGGCGUUACUAGUCAUUUACAGGUGGUGACCAUUUUGCGCAGGGGUUCAUUCCUGGACCCUGCGCCCGUCGACACAGCACACGUAAGCCAGUCCUGUCCCGCCCUCUUGCAGGUCCAAAAGGACUGCGUCGGCAGCCAUGCUUCAACUGGACUAGUGCAAAACGGUCUCCACCUGUACCUUGGGGGUCCAGAGUGGGAGGGUAAAUGACUCAGGACUGCAAUACGUCAAGGACCGCCUCUUUCCAUAUGAACCUACCCGGACCCUGAGACCAUCUUCUGAGGCCCUCCGUGUACCGCCACCUCGAGAGGGCCAGAGGGUGGCAACACGAGAAUGGGCCUUCUCUGCAGUGGCUCCUCGUCUGUGGAAUGCUCUCCCCAGAAAAAUUCUCCUUGUGCCUUCAUUAUACACUUUUAGGCACCAGGAAAAAGCAUUCCUUUUAAACCAGGCCUUUGGUUGAUCUGAUUUACAUCCUAUGCCCUUUUAAAAUGUGUUUUUUUUGUGGGGGACUAUUGGGUUUUUAUUAUGUAUUUUGUGGUUUUAUAUCAUGAUUUUAUUCUGUGAACCGCCCUGAGACCCCCGGGUAUAGGAUGGUAUAUAAAUUCAACUAAUAAUAAUACAGUGGUACCUUGGUUUAAGAACAGCUUAGUUUAUGAACAACUUGGAUUAAGAACGCUGCAAACCCGGAAGUAGGCGUUUUGGUUUGUGAACUUUGCCUUGGAAGCAGAACAUGUUUCGCUUCCUGUUGAGUGUGUUACAUUUGUAAAUUGAGUCCCCCACUGCUGUGGGAAAGCACACCUUGGUUUAAGAAUGCUUUGGUUUAAGAACGGACUUCCGGAACGGAUUAAGUUCAUAAACCAAGGUACCACUGUAAUAAUAAAUAUAAAUGGUUCAAGGCUAAAUUCCUAAAAGCUGGACCUGCCAGAACAGAAAUGUCGGCGUCACUGCAGGGAAGGCCAUGACCUUGUAUGUCUCUUUUUUCCUGUGUUCCUUUGGCAGACUCGUAAAAAUGCCAAAUGGCUUCACUGGGCUCUGUCGAACGAUGGGCACCAAGUAUCCCUGUUGAGUGGGGAGCUCUCUGUCGAAGAGCGUGCAGACGUGAUCCAGAGGUUUCGCGAUGGGAAAGAUAAAGUCCUCAUCACAACCAACGUCUGCGCCAGAGGUAAUGACUUGGAUGAGCAAACGCGAGGUGGGAACUUGCUAAUUCAGCAGGAAGUGACCUUGUUUUGUGUCGCCUCGCAGGCAUCGACGUGAAGCAGGUCACGAUCGUUGUCAACUUUAGCCUGCCUACAACGACGCCCUGGCUACCUGACUACGAGACCUACCUGCACCGCAUAGGCCGAGCAGGUCGCUUUGGAAAGAAGGGUCUGGCGUUCAAUAUGGUCGAAAGGCAUAAUCUACCGCUUGUCUAUGCAAUUCAAGACCACUUCAGUGAGCAUGAUAUUUUCAUGUGACUUAAUAGUGCAGAAAGUUAGACAUCGGGUUAGGGUAAUCAGGGUUUGAAUCUCUGCUCAGAAACAUGCUCACUGGCUUUUAGCCUCUGAAUUAGCUAUAAUUGGGAAUUAAAAAGGUUGCACAGCAGUGGAAAAGAGAGAGAGAGGCUGAAUUAUAGUUGGGCAUUUUUCCUGCCAGAAAUGACUUGGUCUAUUGCCUAGACAAAUAACAGCAUUUUAAAAUAAUUAAACUUUCAACAUAGCAACAGAACUACAUUUUUAACCAUUUGAUACAUACGCGUAUUAACAAGAUCCAAUUCUUUAUUGCAUGCAUCACAUGCCUUUUCUUCAGGAUGGUUAAGGUAGUUAUUCAUUUUUAUUUAUUCAAAAGCAUUUAUAAACUAAUAAUUUAAAAAAUACUUUCAGCAGUGUACAAUAUAAAAACAAUUCAGUAUCAUUAAAACAAAAAUACGGCCUGGAAUCAAUAACAGGGUACCAUACAUGGCUGUCCCCUUUUUGCACACAACAACCUUGCGAGAGGCAGGAAAGACCACGAGAUGGUGUCUGUCCUGCUUCACUUUGGUUAGGAGGCAGGCUCACGUUGCUUCAUAGCUGCUUGGGGGCCUGAAAUGUGCUGGUCCAAUACCCUAACCUAAUGACUCCUCAAGCUGGCUAAUUUCAUGGGUUGAGAAUAUUGGGAGAAAAUUCUGCAGAGUUGCCCUUUUCUUUCCACACCAGAUAUUUUCUCAGACAAAGGUUGCCUUUAAAAAUGUUGUCCCAGCCGUAUCACAAGCAUCUGUUGAUCUCUCCGUCCACCGAGUCAGAGAGGAGAACAGGCCCAGAGUAGUAGUCGCCCUCCCUGUGACCAGUGGCUUGUGAAGGGUUGAGUCCUUCUUUCUGCAUUGGGAUCCUCCUUCUAGCAAAAAUGUCUUUCCUUUUCAGAAACUACCAUCAAGUGCCUCGAUCCAGAGGAUAUGGAAGCACUGGAAAAAAUAGACGACUGAAUUCUUCUACGGCUUGAAGGGGAAAUGGUGGCUUUCCAGAAUACGGCUGGGCUCAAACUCCCAAUUUUCCCUAGCCUGCAUGGCCAGGAGCAAGGGAUGGUGGGAGCUGGGGUCGAGCAUGUUUGGAGGGCCCCAGGUUACCCAUCCUAGAGAGUUCUGUAAUGUUAAACCAUUUUUCAGACGAUGCUGAUAUUUUGUCAGAAUAAUAAUAAUU